UGCGAUUCUAACCGUGAAGAAUCAAGAACACCCAUCAAGAAUUUUGCAAUGGAGAUCAGUUGGAGCUACUCUCGAAACAUGGAAGACGAAUAUCAGAAGUUUAUCCGUCGAAUGAAUCCACCCCGAGUUGUAAUCGACAACGAAUCCUGCAAAAAUGCUACCAUCAUCCAGGUGGACAGUGCUAACAAACAUGGGAUUCUUUUAGAAGUUGUACAAGUUCUUACUGAUCUCAACUUCAUUGUUACAAAGGCUUACAUUAGUUCUGAUGGAGGGUGGUUCAUGGAUGUUUUUAAUGUCACUGAUCCAGAAGGGAACAAAAUCACAGAUGAAGAAAUCUUGGAUUACAUUCAAAAGGUUCUUGGCUCUGAAACCAGCUUUACCACCAUGAAGUCCGUUGGAGUGACAUGCUCAACGGACUCCACUGUAAUCGAGUUGAUAGGAACCGACAGACCCGGAUUACUAUCAGAAGUGUCUGCGGUUUUGACACACUUGAAGUGUAACGUGUUGAAUGCCGAGGUUUGGACUCACAACACACGAGCCGCGUUCAUAGUGCAAGUGACGGAUGACGAAUCAGGGUCAGCCAUUGAUGACCCUGAUAGACUUUCGAUUAUAAAGCAAAUGCUUAGCAACGUGCUUAAAGGGAGCAACAAAGCUCGAGAAGCCAAGACCGUAGUCUCUCAUGGUGUUAUCCACACCGAGAGACGGCUGCACCAGAUGAUGCUUGCAGAUCGCGAUUAUGAGAGAGGUAGCGAUGCUGGUUUAGACGAAACACAAAGGCCGGAUGUGAACGUUGUGAACUGGUACGAUAAAGAUUGUUCGGUGGUCACGAUUCGAUGCAAGGAUAGGCCUAAGCUACUGUUCGACACCAUUUGCACGUUGACGGAUAUGGAGUACGUUGUUUUUCAUGGCCAUGUGGAUGCCGAAGGCCCCGAAGCUUAUCAGGAAUACUGUAUCAGACACGUAGACGGUUCACUUGUGAAAUCAGACGCCGAGAGGCAAAGAGUGAUCCAAUGCAUUGAAUCAGCCAUUGAAAGAAGAGUUUCCGAGGGCCUGAAGCUAGAACUAUGUACAACGGAUAGAACCGGUCUGCUAUCUGAUGUAACUCGCAUUUUUCGUGAGAACAGCCUGACGGUGACGAGAGCGGAGGUGGCAACACGGAACGGCAAAGCCGUUAACACGUUCUACGUUCGUGAUGCAUCUGGGUAUCCGGUGGACAACAAGAUUAUCGAUUCUAUCAGGAAAGAAAUCGGGCAAACGAUCCUUAAAGUGAAAUGCAACCCGCACGAGUUGAUCGAAAAUCGCCAAGAAUCUCCGACCAGAUUCCUGUUUGGUGGAUUGUUCAAAUCGAAAUCUUUUUGCAACUUUGGGCUUGUUAGAUCCUACUCUUGAAAACACACUUUUAGAUUCAUCACUUGUUAACUUAGAUCGACACGACUGAAUGACAAUCACCAAUACCCUUUGUAUAGUUUGUAAAUACAUCAAGAUUCAACUUAAUUUUCAUAGAUUUCUAUUCCUCU